AUGACACCAAAUGACACAAUCAGGGCUCAAUUUGGCUACCAGGGACCCUCAACUAUUCUAAAUCCACUCAAACCUUCUUCGGGUCCUUACAUCGUGGUCCGAUCUCUAACAAAGUUUGGCGAGAAACAUCAUGGCCCCACUCGCAGACUCGUACUUGCGUUCGAUGUCGGAACCAGCCAAGGUAGCAUAUCUUAUUGCAUUCUAGACCCUGGAGACGUUCCUUGGAUCCGAAAUGUGUAUCGUUACCCAGCUCAAGAGCAUGUCGGCGGGCACCUCAAGGUUCCUUCUAUUCUGUACUACGAUCGGAACGGAAUCGCGCGCGCUAUAGGGGAUGAAGUCCUUCAAGAAAGUAUCAUGGACGAAGCAGAGGCUGAAGGAUGGGUAAAAGUCGAGAUGUGGAAAGCCUAUUUACAACCCGAAAAUGUGGCGUCCAGGGAACUCACCGACAUGACCCUUCCUCCGUUACCUUUCGGCAAAACAGUAACUGAAAUCCUCGGAGACUUCCUUCGAUACUUGUUCGCUUGUGCAACAGCGUACAUUCACAGGACGCAUAACGACGUAACCACUUGGAUGUUGUGCGACACCAAUUUUGUUAUCACUAUCCAUAACGGCUGGGAUUCGCGGACGGCCCAGUUCCGUCAGGCAGUAGUUCUUGCGGGUUUAGUUGGGAAAAGCCCUCAAGACCAACAAAGGGUUAAUUUCGUAACUAAAGGCGAGGCGAAGACAUGGUUUUGUCUUGAGAUCGAUGCACAAAAGGCGAGCCUUGACCAGGGAGUGAUCCUCAUCGACGCAGGGAAGGAGACGGUAGACCUGAGUACCGUUUACAUGUGCAAUAAUGUUAUAGAGGAUUUACUGCCCCUGUGCCGCUUGCAUCAGGGUUCUACUCAUGUAAAAAAGCGGGCAGGUAUCUUCUUGAGAGAUAAACUAGGCGCAUCGAAAUAUUGUGCUGAAGAUUCCAUUCACUCAAUGACUGAGAGUUUUGGUAAGAUUGCGCUGUGGAGAUUCAGCGACUCAUCCGAACCAUUAUACGUCAAAUUCGGGACGAUAAGGGACAACGAUACUGCCUUCAAUAUCCGCUCUGGCCAACUGAAGCUGAAAGGGACCGAUGUUGCAGCACUAUUUGAACCUUCGGUCGGCUCCAUAGCUGGUGCUAUCCGCGAGCUACGGAAAGGUACAAUGAAACAUAUCAGCAACGUGUUUCUCUUGGGUGAAUUCGCGGCAAGCGAUUGGCUUUUUCAGAGUUUGAACAAAGUUCUUGAAGACGAUGGUCUAUUUGUAUAUCGGCCAGACCGUUACUUCUCUAAUUCGGCAGCCAACGGGGCCGUUGCCUUCUAUCUCGAUAACAUCAGGGCUAAAACUGCCUCUUUUACGUAUGGUAUUCGCUGUGCCAUCACGUACGACAAGGACGAUCCCGCGCAUAUAACGCGUGAAAAUACGCUGAUCUCUCGGCCCUCGGGAAGGGCUUCCCUGGUGAACGUUUUUAGUCCUGUUGUUACGAAGGGUACCCGGGUCCCAGAGUAUAAAGAGUUCCGCAAAGAGUUCAUAGUGGAGAGCACACCGCAAUCUACGUUCACUAUCAUUUCGACGGACGUCGUCUACUACCAUGGAGAAAACCCAAACCCAAGGUGGAUAGACUUAGAACCAGAGAAGUUCAAAAGCCUUUGCACACUGAAAGUUGACAGGAGUUUGAUUCCCAGGACUGUGGUCCCCAAGCAAAGUGUCGAUGACGCUCCAUGCUAUCGACAAGAGUUCUGUUUGGUGCUUAUUUUGGGGAUCGGCGAGUCGAAAGCACAGAUAAGCUGGAUGGAAAACGAUUCAGAGCGCAGGACUCCUAUAACGUUGGUACUUGACCAUGACAUUGAUGAGAAGUAGAUUAGGAAUGUCCACUGCUUGCCGAAUUUCCUCGAAUAGCCGCAUUUAGUCGCAAACUGUAAAUCGCAGAGAUAUGUGAUGGAAGAUAAUAGAUGCAAGUAGUCGCGACUUUGUGC